CCAAACAAUACCUACCGCUCGGACGGACACUCCCUCGCCGACGCUGCCUCCGCUGCCUCCACCCCGCAGCGGCAGGCGGCACCGGCCCCCAAUGGCGGCGGACUGGUUGUCGGCGCGCCGGGCGUGGGAGAAGUGGGCCACGAAGCACGUCGGCCCCUCCGGGAAGCAGGUCCAGGCCGCGCUGCUGCUCAACUAUGACCCGUCCGGGCCGUCUAGGCUCCUUCCGGUCAUAGCAGAGCAAGAGGGAACACAACUUACAGCUAUUGAUAUGCAACCAUUCCUUGACUUUGUUAAGAGGGGUAAUCUGCAGACUGAAUUCUUCUCUAUUAGGCCAAACCAAUAUUUGGUCACCUCAAUCCAUGAUAACUGGUAUUGCGCCCGUUGCGUUAACAGCACAAAGUCAGGAGGCGAAGGAGUUAUAGUUAUGCAGAUUGGAGCUUACUUAUUAAUCUGUAUGUAUGAUGGUUCUCUUGCUUCAGCUUCACAAGCAAUGGUGGCUGCUGAUCAGUUUGCAAUGCAGUUUAACCGGAGAACUCACUAAUUUCCUCUUAGUAUAGUUUGAUGAGUGAUGUUGGCCUGCGAUUUGGUAUUAUUAUGGAUCAUAGUGCUAAAAUGCAUUAAAUGACCUUAUGCAAUUCCUAAUGUUACCAUUUCCUUGGGUCAGUAGGUACGCUAAUGUAAUAGUCAAAACUGGCUGUGAUACUGAUGUUUCUAGUGCAAAGUUGAAGAAGCCCAUGUUAAUAGGGGCAUGUGUGGUGCAGCCUAUUUCUAUCUGAGCUCGUGUAAAAUCAUAGAAGAUUUCAAAUCUUGGAGGUUCAUAAAACAUGGGGGCUCUAUGAAGAUGACCCAUGUGCCACACACAGACAUAAAACAUGAAGUUAGCCUUGGACUUGUU